GUGAAUCUUUGUAGGCACCCUGGGUGGACCAUUUGAGAACAAGUCUCUGAGUAACACAGAGUUACUAUUCUUUUCUUAUUUUAUAUUAAAAACAAAACAAAACACACACACACACACACACACACACACUUGAAAAUGCAAGGUGAAGAAAGAUACAUGACAUUGAAUGUGGAGCUGAAGAAAAGGAAUUCUAUCCAAACAUCCCAACUUAAAUGUCAAGAUUGUUCCGUGGUGUUGCACCGGUACAAAAUCUUCCUGGGGCUAUCUGGAGCGGUAAAUGGUAUUCUGGCUUUGACUCUGAUCUCCCUGACUCUGUUAGUUUCUCAGGAAGUGUUGCUAAGGUGCCAAAAAGGAAAUAAUUCCAAUUUCACCCAGCACGAUGACAUCAGAAACCUGAAAGCGAAUAGUGACACAAGAGGAAAUAUAAGUAAUAAGGAUGCAGGCCACUGUGUUUCAGGAGCUACAAACCGUAAAGCAAUGUGCCCUUCAGAAUGGCUCAAAUAUCAAGAAAAGUGUUAUUGGUUCUCUAAUGAGAUGAAAAGUUGGAAUGACAGUUAUGGAUACUGUUUGGGAAGAAAAUCUCACCUACUAAUUAUUCAGGACCAACUUGAAAUGGCUUUUAUACAGAAAACUCUAAAACAGUCAAACUACGUGUGGAUUGGACUUAACUUUACCUCCCUGAAGAAGACGUGGACCUGGGUGGAUGAUUCUCCAUUAGAUCCAAAGAUAUUCUUUAUAAAAGGACCAGCUGAGGAGAACAGCUGUGCUGCCCUCAAGGAAAACAGAAUUUAUUCUGAAACCUGCAGCAGUGUCUUCAAAUGGAUCUGCCAGUAUUAAAGUUUUAAAAGUGAUAGUGGAAUAAGCAGCGAUCAAAGUGUAUUGCCUAAUAUCAAUCUUCAGGAGUAAGAAUUUUGAACUGCAAUCAAACACCAACAUUUCUUCUCUAGUUUCCUUCCAUCAUCUUCAAGGGCGCUAGCCCCAGAAAACUCCUGUGAACAAUCUAAAAUAUACCCUUCUGAUUCUUCGUGUGAUAAUAUAAUCUAGUGUGAACCCAUGCACUUGUAUUCAUGCUUUAGCUCACUUUAUGUUUUACAACAAAUGUGAUCAAAUUAUGUCUGCUUUUCUGUAUCUUGCUUUUUAAAAUUCUCAACAAUAUCGUAUGGAAAUUUCAUAUAGUUCUGAGUUGCAUUUUAGGGUGGAUUUAUACAUUUUUAACUCCUUUAUUGAUGAGAAUUAACUUUGCUUCCAGGUUUUGGCCACUAAAAACUAUGCUGCAGUAAAUACCAUGAAUAUCUUUUUAAGUCAUAGCACUUUUAUUUCUAUGAUGUAAACCUUAAAACUGGGCAUUCUGGGGGAAAAGCGUUAAAUAUGUUGUUUGUUUGCUUUAGACUUUAUACAAUUUUUAUCUACAUUUAGAAACGACCACAAAUUUAUGAGGAAAUUACAGGUACAGAAAAAGAACUUUCCUUUUCCCCAAAGCUCUUGAGAGUUAGCUGCCAAAUUGAUGCCUUUCAUUGUAAAAUUUUAAGUAUCAUUACUUUUGUGUAUACUUCGUACCCCCCAAAUCCUCUACUUAGUUACAACACAAUUAUCAAAAUUAACCACUCAAUACUGAUGCAGUACUGUCAUCUCUAACUCUCUUUGAGCUUUGCCAAUUGUCAAAAUAAUGUGUUUUUUGAAUAAAACAUCCAGCUUAGAUUCAUUUUCUGCAUUUAGUCAUUAUGCCUCUUUGAUCCCUUUCCAUCUAGAGAAAGUUCCUUAACUUUCCUUGAAAUGCAUAAUAUGACACUUUCAACUACUGCAAGUUGGCUAUUCUGUAAAAUAUUCUUCAAUUUAAAUUUAUCUGAUUAUUUCUCAUGAUACUAUUCAAGUUAUGCCUUCUUGGCAGGACUAGUAGAGGAGUGGUGUGGUGAAGCUCUGUUCUUCUCUCUGCAUCCUCUCAGAGAGUACAUGGUUUUAUAUGUUCUAUUCUUGAUAAUAUUCAUUUUGUCCACAUGAUUAAUGGGAUGCUUGCCAGACCUUACUGUAAAGUGACCCUUUUUUGUUUGUGAUCAGUUAAUACUUUGUGGGGAAUGACCAGGAUGGACUUAACACUCCCCUGAGCUUGACUAAACUUUACACCAACAAGUUCCAGAUUUAAUGAAAUUCCUAUCAAAAUACACGAGAUUUUUCACAAAACUAGGACAAAUAAUUCUAAAAUUUAUAUGGAAUCAUGAAACACCCUGAAUUGUCAAGGCGAUCAUGAGAAAAGAGAACAAAGCUGGAGGUAUCACAAACCCCAACUUCAGAUCAGCCUACAGAGUGACAGUAAUCAAAGCAGUAUGGUACUGGCACAAAAACGGACAUGGAGAUGAACGGAACAGAGUAGAGGGCGCAGAAAUAAACCCAUGCACGUAUGGGCAAUUAAUCUAC